UUAUGAUAACAAGCGCCAAUUGAUAAAUAAUCACUUAAAGGCUUUGCUCAGUGUAGAUACGGUUCGCGAAACCGAGAAAUCUUUUCGUUUUAUUAUAGACCAUGUCACUAAAAACUUGCGUGCCCUUCACACAUUAGGGUUGCCUACUGAAAGUUGGGACAUGCUUAUAAUUUUUCUUAUUUCUCAAAAGCUAGACCCCACCACAAGUUUGAAGUGGGAAGAAAGCAGAAGUUCAUUGAAGGACAUCCCUACACUAGAUGAUUUCUUCCAAUUUCUAAAAAAUAGGGCAGAUGUAUUUGAGACAAUUAAAAGUAAACGUCGCAGUUCCACAGAACCCUCACCAAAAGGUAAAAGGGAGUUUACUAAAUCAUUCUCAGCGACCAGUUCACCUUCUAAAUCUAAAGUUAAUUUUGUCUGUCCAGUUUGUAAAGGUAAACAUCGUAUUUACGAGUGCUUGACCUUCAAGAAUAAAUCUCCAGAAGAUAGAUCUGCACUCGUAUCUUCUCUAAAUCUUUGCCGGAAUUGCCUCCGCAAGGAUCACACCGUGGACCAGUGCCGCCUGCCUGGUGGUGGCUGUAAGACCUGUAACCGACGGCACAAUUCACUGAUCCACGUCAACGUCUCCGAAUGUGAAGAAGAACCAGCACUAGAGACUGUUACCAUGUCAUCCACGUCGGUGACUGAAGUUCUACUAUGCACCGCACUAGUUGAUUUGUUUAAUCCGUCUACUAAUGAAAAGGUCACAGUGCGUGCUCUUCUUGACAGCGGAAGCCAGUCCUCAUUCCUGACCACAGCUGUCAAACAAGGUCUUGGCUUACCUUCUCAAAAAAUCGAUACCAAGAUCAUUGGUAUCGGUGACACCAAACUAAAUGUUUUAUCAGAACGAUGUUUAGUACACAUUAAAUCAAAACAUUCCUCUUUCAAUACGACGAUAUCUUGUUUAGUUUUGCCUAAGCUUACAGGUCAAUUGCCUAAGAUUGCCUUCGAUAUUACAAGAUUGAAUAUUUCCAAUUUUCAGCUGGCGGAUCCAACAUUUAACAUUCCCUCUGAUAUUGAUGUUAUUCUGGGCGCAGAGCUGUUCUGGUGUAUCAUUGGCACUGAACAGCGUUCUCUUGGUAAGCACUACCCUAUCUUGCGUAGCUCUAAGUUAGGAUGGUUGAUAGCUGGUCCUAUAGGCCCUAGUAAAAGGGCACAUAAAUCUGAGCCUUCUCAAGAAACUUCUUGCAACUUAGUUAGUUGCGACUCAGAUUUAUCUAACGAAAUUACGAAAUUUUGGGAACUUGAGAAAGUGCCUACUAAGACCAUCUAUAAAGAAGAGAAGCAUCUUUGCGAACAGCAUCUUCUCCAAAACACUUACCGCUGUGAUGAUGGCCAUUUUUGCGUAAAAAUCCCGCUUCGUUGUGACAAGGAUUGUUUAGGGAAUUCUUAUGCAUUGGCAGGAAGAAGUAUUUUUAACCUUGAAGGGCGCUUCAAUAAACAGCCUUUACUCAAGCAAUCAUAUGUAGAAUUCAUGAGGGAGUAUGCAGACCUUAAGCAUUUAUCUGUAUACGACAAACCCCUAUCAGAAUCUUCAUUUUAUCUGCCUCAUCAUCCAGUUCUUCUAAAACUAACCAGUAAAUCGACUACAACUGAAAUUUCUGAACUUAAUUCCCAUGCCCCUACAUCACAGAACCCAGCUUAUUUAGUUUCAUGUGGUGUGCAGCCCUCUUGCGUGAACCAAUGUGAGUUAUGGUGGCAUGGAUCGACUUACCUUUUAAAGCCAAAAGCGUCUUGGCCCGCACAAGAACGUGGCAUUAAAAACCUACGUGGAAUCAGAACACUCGCAGUGGAGGCCCAGAAACCUUUCUUUGAUUUAACUAGAAUUUCAAAAUUGCCUAUUUUACAACGCAUUUAUGCCUGGGUGCUUCGAUGUAUCAAUAACGUAAGAAAGUCCAAAAAUAGAUUGACUGGUCUAUUGCAAGCUUCCGAACUUGAUAAUUCCAUGUGUGCUCCAGUGAAGAUUUCACAAGGCCACUUACGUCCUUGCCGAGUCCACCUCAACUGGAAAUCAACACCAACCGACUCGACCGAUUUCAACGGCUGGAGCAGGCGCGCCGGCACUUUUGGAAGCGAUGGGCUAACGAGUAUGUGGCCGAACUACAAAGGCGCACGAAGUGGCGCACAAGGUGUACAACAUUGAAGGUACACGACCUAGUUUUGCUGAAGGAGCCAAGCGCGCCUACGCUCUGCUGACGCCUUAGCAGAGUGACACAACUGCAUCCCGGCGCUGAUGACGUGCCCCGCGUUGCAGACAUCUCCACCGCUCAGGGCAUUGUGCGACGGGCCCUUAAUCAGAUCUGCCUGUUGCCAACUUCUUGCUCUUGAAAGGAUCUUUCAAGGGCCGGGAGGAUGUUCGCGCCGCUAGGAUGAGUGUAUACCUAGAUAUAUGUGUCGAGUGACGUGACGUGUAUACAGUGCUUAAAUGAGAACCCCGACAUUCGAAAUGCGGUCAGAUAGACAGCUACGCGCCGCCUGUGCGUCCACCAUGUUACUUAUUCUCAAUUCUGUACAGUAGUAAUAAAAUGCUUUAAACAACAUUAGUUGUUAUUCGAGCUUGUUCGACACCUAU